CAAAGUUCAGUCUGCUAGCAGGCAUCGAGGACGUGUUAUGAAACCUUCAAAUCGUCAAAUCUACAUUUUCUUUAUUGUAUAGAUUAAUAUACAAGCAGUUCUUCUUUGUUUCAGUUACUAUCACAUUAAGUGUAAUAUUUGAAAAAUGUCAAACGUGGCAACGAGUAAAAUUGUAGAAACCCAAAUAUACGACGGUCAAAAGCCGGGUACGUCUGGAUUACGAAAAGCUGUGCGAGUUUUUAAACAAGAACAUUAUACAGAAAAUUUCAUUCAAGCAAUAUUGGAAGCCCUUGGAGAACAAUUAUCUGGUAGUACGUUAGUUGUUGGUGGUGAUGGAAGAUAUUAUGGGAAAGUGGUUGUCGAAAAAAUUAUUAGGAUCGCUGCAGCUAAUGGAGUAAAGAGAUUAAUUAUUGGACAAAAUGGAAUACUUUCAACUCCAGCUGUGUCUACUAUAAUAAGAAAAUACAAAACUCAAGGAGGAAUUGUUCUAACAGCAUCUCAUAAUCCUGGUGGACCAGAUGCUGAUUUUGGUAUCAAGUUCAAUUGUGAAAAUGGUGGUCCUGCUCCAGAUCAUGUUACAAAUAAAAUUUAUGAGAUUACGAAAGUGCUCAAGAGUUAUAAAACUAUACCUGAUAUAGCUAUAGAUAUAAGCAAGAUACAGAGUACUAUAAUCCAGGUUGAUGGAAAUCCAUUUACAGUAGAUAUAAUAGAUUCUGUGAAUGAUUAUUUAGAGCAUAUGAAAAAUAUCUUUGACUUUUCUAGUAUUAAAAUAUUAUUGCAAGGAAGUAACAAUCAUCCUCCUUUUAAAGUUCUAAUUAAUGCAAUGAAUGGGGUUACUGGUCCAUAUGUAAAACGAAUAUUUAGUAAUGAAUUAGGUGUUGAUGAUUCAAGUAUUGUUAAUGCAAUUCCAUUAGAAGAUUUUGGUGGACUUCAUCCUGAUCCAAAUUUGACAUAUGCCAAAGAUUUAGUGAAUGCUAUGAAAAAUGGUCCAUAUGACUUUGGUGCUGCUUUUGAUGGAGAUGGAGACAGAAAUAUGAUAUUAGGCAAAAAAGCUUUCUUUGUAACACCUUCUGAUUCAUUAGCUGUGUUAGCUGCUAAUUUAAAUUCAAUACCAUAUUUUGCAAAGACUGGUAUUAAAGGAUAUGCUAGAUCUAUGCCAACAGGUGCUGCUGUAGAUAGAGUUGCAGCUAAAAAUGGUAUUAAACUUUAUGAAGUACCUACAGGCUGGAAAUAUUUUGGUAACUUAAUGGAUGCUGGUCAUCUAUCUCUUUGUGGGGAAGAAAGUUUUGGCACUGGGUCUGACCAUAUACGAGAAAAAGAUGGCAUAUGGGCUUGUCUUGCAUGGCUUAGUGUAAUUGCAAAACUGCAGAAAUCUGUAGAAGAUAUAUUGUUAAAUCAUUGGCAAAUAUAUGGAAGGAAUUUUUUCACGAGAUAUGAUUAUGAAAACUGUGAUUCUGAAGCAGCAAACAAAAUGAUGCAGCAUAUUGAAUUAGAAAUACAAAAACCUGGGUUUGUAGGUUCAAAAUUAACAUCCAAUGGCAAAACAUAUAUUGUAAAAUUAGGAGAUAAUUAUUCUUAUAUAGAUCCUGUUGAUGGGAGCCAAGCUAGUAAACAGGGUUUAAGAAUUCUAUUUCAAGAUGGUUCCCGUAUAAUUUACCGUUUAUCUGGUACGGGAAGUUCUGGAGCUACUAUUCGUGUGUAUAUUGAUAGUUACGAAGAUGACCCAGCAUCUUUAAACAAAGAUGCUCAAGAAAUUCUUAAGCCAUUGGUUACUAUUGCGUUGGAGCUAAGCAAAUUACGCGAAUUUACUAGUCGUGAGACACCAACCGUAAUUACGUAAUACAUAGGUUCUUUAUCGUUAACAAUUACUUUAUUAGAAGUAUAUAAAGCAGAGAAAAAAGAGAAAAUGUUUUACAAUAAAAGCCACUUAAGUAGAAGAAUGUCAC